AAUGACCCAGACCUGACAGACAUACAUUUGAAUUCGUACCUUCGAAAACUUGUCUAAACCAAAAUCGACUUUCAAUUUCGUUAAGCAAAAGAUUCCACAAACCUUAGAAACCGAGUUCAAAUCUUCGGGCGAAAACCAAAAAGAUUACUACAUCUUAGAAAAAUCUUCUAAGCUUGGAAAAAYUUUUGUAAAGAAUUUUUCAUAGUUGUUUAAAGAGUUUUGUUUGUGACCUUAAUAUGCUUGGAGCCAGUGGCCUUCGUAUAGUAUUACCGACGCUUUUAUAUUUAUUCGUUAUCAAAGGUUCUUUGAGCGCAACAACACAMGAUCAAAAAGAAUGUCACAACACAGAUGUAAUCCUAGAUUGUCCACAUUUUGUACGAAAUAACCAUGGCAAAUUAACUUGGCGAUACCAGGACAAAAACAGAAGCCAAUGGAUUGAUAUAGCAAGUAUUAGGCAUGGCAGCUCGAAACUGAGCUCCGUUAACACGGCAUUAGAUGGUAGACUAGCAAUCCAUCCUAAUGGAUCACUAGAGAUAUCAUCACUAAACCCUGAUGAUGAGACGUUGUACCAGUGUAUAGUGAAACAAGGACCAAGGAAACUGCACGUUAUCAAGCUUAGUGUUGCUUGUGGUAAAGUGACGAAAAUUGAACGUGAAGUCUGUAUAGAAGAAGAUGUUGUCCUGGAGUGCGACGCGAUGCACAGAACAAACCCGAGAAAGCUGGAUAAAGUGAAAUGGCACAAGAAGACGUCGAAGGUCUCAGAAGAUGCAACGUGGUUGUUACUCGUUGCUUCUAAUAAUGAAUCAAAUUCGCGGGUUAACAGUGAGUUCAAGCUCCAUAGUACACUUAACGGGUCUUUGUUGCUGCCACGAGGAAGAGAUGAAAGUGAAGAUACCUUUAAGUGUGAUGUGACUAAAAAGGGAAAUGGACGACUGGAUAGACAUAUCAUUGUCGUGAAGAAUGUCAAGUGCCGAAAGGAACUAACACAAACAACACCAACUAAGACAACGGCAAACACAGGUGCCAUUACAACAUCAACGACAAUCAAAGGAACUAAAGUUCCCAUGGAAACAAGCACUAUUUCCUCCCUAAACCCAACUACAGCUGGCACAACAACCAGGACGCUCGUAACAUCCAAAGGAAACAUCAAAACGACAAGGGGUCGUGACGCCAUCACCACAGCAAUCCCAAUCAAAAACACUGAAGUCGCUAUGGAAACAAGCACUUCGUCCCCUGCAAAACAAACCACAGCUCAAGCAACAUCUGUAGAUCACGUGACAACAACAACCAGUAGUACCACAUUUCAAAAAAAAUCAGUAACCAAGCCUACAACGCAGAGCACUGUGGUUUGUGGAGGUGUUCUGAAUGAUCCUGUCGGUACAUUCCAAUCACCGAAUUUCCCAAGUGCAUAUCCUGCAAACUCUCAUUGUAAAUGGACCAUCAGUCUUCCCCAGGACUACGCUGCCAUCGAUAUCACAUUUAAUCACGUGAACAUUGAACAUGAAGAAAACUGUCAACAUGACUACAUUGCGAUCUAUGACGAGCUUGGAAACCAGUUCGGAUGCCGAAUUUGUGGGACUCGCAACUUACCCCGUAAAAUCCAAGUGAAAGGGAGAGUAGCAGUUGUUUCAUUUCAUUCUGACAGCUCCGUCAACAAAUCUGGAUUUAAGAUCACGUACAAGGCUGCACGGACUGCCGAGAAGUCAGUCUUAUAGUGAAAUCUUUGAUAAUGGUAAUCUUAAGUAAUGCAUUUGCAGCUUAGACCUGAAUCGCUUUUUAGUCAUUAUUAAUAUAUUAUAGUAUCGCGAUUCACUAAAUAGUCUCUUAUAGUUUUGAGACGACAAUUAAGGUUUCUGAUUGGCUAACGCACGACGAAAAGGAAAGCUUGAGCGCGCGCGUCAAAUUUUUACGCUUUUUGUUUGCGCCAUAACGCAUGCUCGUAAGGAGAAUUUCGCAUUUAAUCAAAGUAAUUCGGUCAGUUUUCCCUCCUUUUUUGUGUGUUAAAUUCUUUAGAAUUGCGAUACAAAACUAAUCACGAUUUUGAGACGACAAUACCAUGAAAUAUUGACGGCGUUGGAAGAAAAUAUAUUCGGUAUUGGGCUUCGCUUCGCUACUCCGCCCAAUACCGGAUAUAUUUUCUCCCAACUAGUCGUCAAUAUUUCGUGGUAUUGUCAUCUCUAAAUCGUAAUUAGUUUAUAGAAAUAAGAAUACCAUUGAUAUUCUUGAGCAAGAAAAAGGGCCAUUCUGAUCCACAGCGCCUGCUAUCACCAUGGUCAGCAGCAUGAACCGUUCCUGUCGCGAUGAUUGGCACCAUCAGUAGAAUUUAAAACUAGUCUAGUCCUGUUAAACCGAGACAUUGACCCUUUUCUUUAUUAGAAAAUUUAGUGAGAGAGUCUUAUAGAUUAUACUCUAUAUUUGAUACAAUUAAUACAAGCCAUGUAGUACGUAAUUUGCCAUGCAAAUUUUUCUCAUGUCCUUGAGUCGGUAAACUAGAUUUAUAGGAGACAUCAACGAUUUCUAAGAAAUUACUAAAUAAAGUAUAUUAACAGAA